AUGAGCCACAAUUCCCAGCACUUCUUCCUGGGUGCCCACAACGGCAUCCCCCCAACCUAUGAGAUGCUCAAGGAGGAGCACAAGGUGGCUGUACUCGGGGUGCCCCAGAGCUCAGCUCCCGUGACAACCACUGUGAUCAACAUCCGUAGUGAGACAGCCAUGCCCACCAUCUUCAUGAACUGGUGCUGCCUGGGCUUCAUGGCCUUCGCCUACUCCGUGAAGUCUAGGGACCGGAAGAUGGUGGGUGACAUGUUUGGGGCCCAGACUUAUGCCUCCACUGCCAAGUGCCUGAACAUCUGGGCCCUGGUCUUGGCUAUUAUUAUUAAUAUUAUUAUUAUUAUUAUCCCUCUUCUAUAG